AUGACCAACUUCAGCGACCUUCCCCAAGCGGUGCGCGAGAGGAUAUACCGCAUGCAUCUGGUACAGGACGAACCUCUCGAUUUCGGUGCAUUCCUGCGAGCCGUCAAGCAGGCCCCCUAUGCGAGAGGACGAUUCAUGCCACCGGUCUGUCAGAUCUCAAAGAAGAUAGAGAAGGAAGCUGCCACAAUCUUCUACAACGAGAACAGCUUCGAGUUCCCUGGCUUGGCUGAUAUUCGACUCUUCCUGUCUAAAUCAAUCUUACGCCAUCACAAGUUCAUCCAUCACAUUGGCUUCAAAUACAAGAGCGCCUCGUAUGAUGGUAGCGAGGUGUUGAAGAGAGUUGGACGCUUGAAGGGCCUGAAAGUGUUGACCAUUCGUCUGGACGAGCGAGAUAUGGUACGCGACAUGCUGCGACGAUACGGCAACGGUAUUGCAUGGGAUUCUGGUGGCACAUUCACUCCUCAACAGCAGAUGAAGCUGCUACGCUUUCCUGCAAUGUCUGCUCUCCUUACCAUCUCGGGACUUCAGGAGGUCAGAUUGCUGAAGCUACACGACUUCAACAAAGAUGAAUCAGAUGGUCCAAUUCCAGGCGGCUUCUUCGAGACUCGUGUCAGAAGUCAGUUGACCAGCGUGAAGGAAGAAGAGACGAAUGCAAGUCAAGGUACAUCCACUUUCCGCUUCCUGGAUCUUCCUGCAGAGCUGAGGAAUCGUGUGUACGAACUCGUCCUUACUGUGGAAGGUCCGAUCCACCCUUCCAAGCAAGAUCCGACCUCUGCUCCUCGGUGGUCCGCAGAGAAAGCAGCACCAAGUAGCGUGUUGGGUAUCUUGCAGACCAGCAAGCAGAUCCAUGACGAGGCUGACGGAUUGUUCUACCACCACAAUCAGUUCAACUUUUACAACCCGAUGCAGUUCCAGUCAUUCAUCACCGACAUUGGCUCUCUGCGCGCCAGUAUGCUCAGGAACAUCGCGAUCCACUAUCAGAACACACGUAUCGGUGGCGUGGACACUGCAGACAUUGCAUUCGGCCAGUUGAGGCAACUUCGAGGACUUCGGAGAGUGACUGUUAUCAUGGACCGGAUGUGGAGUUGGCAACUCAGGGAACGCGAGAGAUCCGCUUGGAUUCAAACCGUUGAGGCGAAUCCCGGUGAUCUGUCUGGCAUACCGCGACUCUUCGAUCUUCGAGGACUGGAUCACGUUGAGGUUCAAGAUCCACCGCUUGACAAGGCAAUUGAGCGGCUUUCCACUGAGAAGGGUUACCCUUACUUCACCGCGAACACUGCGCAGAACAGAAUCAACAGAGCGAUAGCAAAGAUGGGAUUCGCUCUCAAGCACUUCAACGAAGCGUUGGCAGAUGCGCAGCUGGGGAAGGUGAACAGGAAGCUCCUUAAGCAUAAUUGCUGGCAGAGCUGGGAUGUUUUCCCGUCGCUUGAGCAUGACGGCAUCCAAGAUCUGGACAAAGCUACUUGA